AUUGCUACCUAAAAUUUGAUUCAGUGAUUAUGUACAUGGUCGAAAUGAUAACAUAAAAUAUAUAGUACAACAUUUGUUUUUAAAAAAAUAAAAAAAUCGUUACUUUCAAAGAUGUUUGAGUUAAAAAAAUAUAUUUUUAGGACAAACUAGCAUGGUAUGCUACAUAUUUAUAUAAAAUAGGGACAAUAUAGUAUAGUACACUUUAACAAGGUCCUUUGUCUAAUAACCAGUCCUAGAUGGGUCUCUCUGCGAUAAUCGCCCAAUUAUGCAUUGUUUCAUGGUGUGUUACUACUAUGUUAUAUGAUCCAGUCUUUGCUUCCAAACAAAAAUGCUUCUGUGAUUUUCCGGCUAUCUUCAACUUCGGAGACUCGAAUUCGGACACCGGCGGAUUGGCCGCUGGCUUUCCAACAGCCUUGAGCCCCCCAUAUGGGGAGACUUUUUUUGGUGAGCCUGCUGGAAGAUUUUCAGAUGGACGACUCAUCAUUGAUUUCAUAGCCAAGAGUUUAGGCCUCCCAUUUUUGAGUCCAUAUCUGGAUUCUCUUGGGAACAAAUUCGUGAAGGGUGCGAAUUUUGCGACGGCAGGCUCAACCAUCAGACUGCUUUACACCAAUAUUAUACCAAGUGGUCAGUUUAGUCCCUUCUUUCUUGAUGCCCAAUUCACACAAUUCGUUAGACUAAAAUUCACUUCCCAAAAGGCCAAAAAAAGAGGGAGAAGUGGGUAUGCAAUAACACCCAAAGAUAAGGAUUUUAAGAAGGCUCUGUACACAUUUGACAUUGGUCAAAACGAUCUUAACGCUGUUUUCCUUGAGACUUUGUCCUUAGACAAAGUUAUUGAGUCUGUUCCAGACAUUGUCCAAAACUUUGCACGAAACUUUCAGGACAUAUAUAACAUUUCUGGAGGAAAAACAUUUUGGAUACACAACACAGGGCCAAUAGGAUGUCUUCCGGUGAUUUUGAGUCUUCUUCCAUCGACCAUUGAGAAAGAUGAGGCUGGUUGUGCUAAGCCUUUCAAUGAAGUAGCUCAAUAUUUCAACUCUGUUUUGAAGCAAGCCACUCUUAAUCUCUCCAACCAAUUCCCUUCCGCUGCUAUCACUUACGUAGACGUGUACUCCGUCAAAUACUCUUUGUUUGCACACCCUCACAAAUAUGGAUUUGAUCACCCAUUUGUGACUUGCUGUGGCUAUGGAGGAGGGGAGUACAACUAUGACAAUAAUGUUACUUGUGGAGGAACAACUACAGCCAAUGGAACCAAAAUAUGUGUUGGCUCAUGUCAACAACCUUCUAAUAGAGUUAUUUGGGAUGGAGUUCAUUACACUGAGGCUGCUAAUAGGUUUGUGUUUGACAGAAUAGUAACUGGGGAUUUCUCUGAUCCACCUCGUUCUUUGAGAAAAUCAUGUUUUACUUCUACUAUUUGAUUAACUAAAUAUGAUAAGCGCUAUUCAUUAGUUUUAGUGUGUGUGUGAGUGUAGAUAUGAACAUUGUAAUGCAUAUGUACACAAUACACACUUUUGUUUUACUUGAAUAAAUAAAUAAU